GAUGGGAGACCUCGACUACAAGGCUCUGUAUACGCAAAACCCACCUUCGUUCGGAGAGGAACUGAAAGCCUAUUACAAGCUUGAUCCGCAGUAUAUCAACUUGAACAACGGAUCGUAUGGCACGACUCCGAAGCCAGUCCUCAAAGCCGUACAUAAAAUGACGGACCAGAUUGAGGCAAACCCCGACCUCUUCCAUCGGUUUUCCUACCCGUCUAUGCUCAAUGACGUGCGUGCACGAGUUGCGAAGCUCAUAGGAGCGAAGACGGACGAGGUCGUGUUGGUCACGAACGCGUCGAUAGGCCUCAACGUUGUUCUGAGGAACUUUAAUUGGGAGGAAGGAGACGCGAUUUUCACUGUCUCUACGACGUACAACGCCAUCUCUUUCGCCGCCAAAAGUAUCGGGGAUGUCCCACCCCAUCCCACCAUCCAUACCAUUCAGCUCAAUUUCCCAACGACGCAUGGCGAGAUUGUGUCUUCGUUUAAAAAAUUCCUUCAGGAGCACCCUGUCGCUCCUAACAAUCAGCGUGUCGCGGUCAUCGACAGCAUUGUUUCCCUCCCCGGCGUCCUGUUGCCGUGGCAGGAUAUGGUGAAGAUCGCGAAGGAAGAGGGCGUUUGGAGCGUCGUGGACGCCGCACAUUCUAUUGGACAAGAAGUUGGGAUAAAUCUUACGGAGUCUGCUCCAGACUUUUGGGUAUCGAAUAACCAUAAGUGGCUUUCCGCGAAGCGCUCAACUGCCGUUCUCUACGUACCUGAACGAAAUCAGCACAUGAUCACGACAUCCAUACCGACCGGCCACGCUUACAUCUCGCCCAAGGACAGGAAGGAGUCCAACUUCGUCGCUCAACACGAGGGGACCGGAACCAUCGACUGGACGUCCCAUUUAACCAUCGCCGAUGCCCUGGACUAUCGCGCCUGGCUUGGAGGUGAAGAAAAAAUCAAUGCAUAUUGCCACAAUCUCGCGGUCAAGGGCGGCAAGGUCCUCGCUGAGAUAUUAGACACGCAAGUGAUGGACCCGGACGGCGAGUUAACGCUCAACAUGGUGAACGUCGAACUGCCUCUCCCACCCAUCACCACCAUCGAAGAGUUUACCAAGAUCGACAUCGUCCUCAAAGAGAAGCUCUUGGUGAAGUACAAAGCGUACUCGGCCCACGUCUUCCAUAACGGAAAGUGGUGGACGCGGUGCAGCGCACAGGUCUUUAACACGCUCGAAGAUUUCGAGAAAAUCGGCCACAUUUGGGUCAAGGUCUGUGAGGAGGUUAAGAACGAGCUGAACCUGAAGUA